AUGAAAAAUAUUUACUACUACUUGCUUCUUGGAUACUUUUUGUCAAGUUACCUGUCAGCUUGCUCAGCCAGGGCCACCACUACCAACAUCACCACAGAUCAAUCAGCCCUUCUUUCUUUGAGGGCUCAAAUCACUUCAGACCCUCAUCAAUUCUUAGAAAACUGGUCUCCUACAUCCUCAGUUUGUGAAUGGGUAGGAUUCGUUUGCCGAUCUCGUCAUCGUAGGGUAACUGCCUUCAACAUUGCCAACAUGAGUCUUACUGGCACCAUUCCUCCACAACUAGGAAAUCAAUCCUUUCUUGUUUACCUCAACAUGAGUCGAAACAAUUUCCAUGGAGAACUGCCCCAUGAGUUAUCUCAACUGUGCCGAUUACAAGUUCUUGACUUUGGAGUCAAUGAUCUUGGUGGAGAGCUUCCUUCCUCCAUUGGUUCCUUGCAUAAACUCCAAUGCCUGUCCCUCAGAAAUAAUAGCUUUACAGGUUCUAUCCCACCUGGUAUCUCUAACAUGUCAAACUUGGAGAUGUUAUGGUUGUUGUAUAAUUCUCUUGAAGGGACAAUACCAAAGGAGAUUGGAAAUCUACCAAACCUGAAGAACUUGUACAUGUUCUAUAAUCAACUUUCUGGUCCUAUGCCUGCUGAGAUCUUCAACAUUUCCUCUUUGGAAAGGGUUAUUGUUUCAAACGACAGGCUAAGUGGUGGAAAACCAUCAAUAUUGUCUCAAUGUUCAAAGCUUCAAGUACUCAGAUUGUCUAUCAACAACUUCACUGCAUCCAUACCCAAGGAAAUUGGUAGCUUGACGGAGCUUGAGGAACUAUAUUUGGACAAUAACAACUUAACAGGUACAAUACCACAACAGCUUGGCAAUCUGCAGAAUCUAGAAGGGCUAAGUCUGACGUUCAAUAAGCUUGCAGGAUCCAUACCUGUUCAACUGUUCAACAUCUCAACGCUGCAAAUAUUGUUACUUCCGGGCAAUAAUCUUUCUGGAAAUCUUCCAUCAACAGUGGGUUCUGGAUUAAUCAAUCUGGAAAAGCUUUAUCUCGAUGGGAAUGACUUUGAAGGAGUGAUACCGGCCUCGAUAUCAAAUGCAUCCAACCUAGUAUGUUUAAGCUUGGCUGCCAACAGAUUCAGUGGUCCAAUUCCUAAUUCUCUUGGGGAUCUAAGACUUCUAAGAGAACUUAGUCUCUUCCAAAACAAUUUCACAAAUGAUCCUUCGUCACCAGAGUUGAGCUUUAUUAGUUACUUGACAAAUUGCAAGAACCUAACAAUCUUAAUAUUCGGUGACAAAUUGACAAUCCGUUGCACGGCAUUCUUCCGACAUCUGUUGGAAACCUUUCUACUUCACUUGAAGAACUUUACGGAUAUCAUUGUAUUAUCAAGGGAAACAUUCCUGAAGCUAUUGGUAAUCUGUGCAAUUUAUGGGUUUUAA